UUACCACGAAACCUUUGUGUCAGGGGUUUUACAGUUCAAGCAAGUCAUGUACUCGUGAAGGAAAUGUGGCUAGUUCCACGAAUCCCACAUCUCUCAUCGAUGAGAGCAGAUCGGUCCUAUAGAUUCGAGAAUUGGAAAUGGUCAAGGCCAAUUGGUCGUGGAUUCCUGUCGGAUUCAAUUGGGAAUCCUGUAGAGGUGUAGCAGCAGAUGCAUCUGUUAUUCGUGAAGAGGUAGAACAUGUUGGGCUUUGGAUUGCGGUGCGGAUGUGAGCCGGACGGCGGAGGGAAAGCAGGUGUAGAGUAGUAGGGUCGAUAUUAGUAGCAACUGCAAUCGCAAUUGGCAAGAAUGCCCAAUGUCAGGGUUGUCUCGAGGAAUUUCAUGGAAAUGGUCGCAGCGUUGCCUGCGGCCAAACUGGACGAACUCUACGGCAGCCCUUGGACCUGUCAGGCUGUCGUAAGGUCUCUCCCACCAUUGGCGAAGCAGUAUGUGUUACGACUCCUGUUUGUCGAGGCUGCCGUUUCAAGUAAAUCGAUUCAAGAUUGGGCACUUCCCGAUGCUCUGAACAAGCAUAAAGUGGCCAUUGACAAACUUGAGCAGCUGCGAGUUCUUAUCGAGGCGACUGAGAGGAGAAAAGAAGUCUCCUACAAAUUAAAUCCAAGGCUCCAAAAGCAACUGCAAGACGUUUUGAAAACUGGGGGAGGUGUACCAAGAGAAUCGUUACCUGCAAGCUUUGCAGCAAGAGUACCUUCCUUAGUGGAUCUCGAAAAUUAUGCUAUGAAGCAGUGGGAGGCAGUCUUGCUGCAACUUGUAAGUUCCGCAUUUGCAGAAGCUUCUACUGUUCCAAUGAAUAGUACACUUACUGCAACAUUCCAAAGAGCCGGGCUCAUUACCACACCAAAGGGAAAGGAGCCACCUAAAAUUACCGAUGCUGGAUUCCAGUUUCUGCUGAUGGAUACAAAUUCUCAGCUUUGGCAGAUAGUUCGAGAAUAUGUAGCUUCUGCAGAGGACAGAGGAAUGGAUAGUGCAGAGCUCAUCAGUUUCCUUCUUGAGCUUGGGUUUCUCAACAUUGGAGAACCCUAUAAUCUCAACACUCUUUCGCCCAUGCAACAAAAUGUCAUCAAGGAGCUUGCUGCCCUCGGAGUGUUGCAAAUCCAGUCGGGUACAAAAGAUCGUUGGUUUAUUCCAACGAAGUUAGCAUCGAACCUUUCGGCAAGCAUUUCAGAGACAUCUGGUGUGCAGCCCGGAGAGGGCUUUGUUGUAGUUGAGACUAAUUUCAGAAUAUAUGCUUAUACAACAUCAAAAUUACAAGCAGAGAUACUACGACUUUUUGUCCGGUUGGAGUACCAGUUGCCUAAUCUCGUCGUAGGGUCUCUAACGAAAGAAAGUGUUAGCACAGCGUUCGCAAGUGGCAUCAGUUCAGAUGAGAUGAUCUCAUUUUUGUCAAAACACGCCCAUCCGCAUGCUGCGAAGAAGACGCCUGUCGUGCCUGAAACUGUUACGGAUCAGAUUCGUCUGUGGGAGAACGAUCGCAACCGUGUGCAGAUGUCUCCUGCCUAUAUGUACAAAGAAUUUCCGACUGUGGAAACAUUUGAAGCAGUCGACAAUUAUGCUAGGGAUAUUGGUGCUUUGCUAUGGGAUGAACCUUCCACUCAGAGGCUAGUAGGAAAAGCAGAAAGGCACGAAGAGAUGCGUAAUUUUAUUCGUCGCCAAAGUAGUGCGCCCCAACGAAGAUGACGGUAGCCUAAAAGCUCAUCUCCUCAUCUAUUCUAUGACCACUUAGUGCCCAUGGUGCAUAUACGGCCCCCUUGAUAUGCAGUAUGAUAGAUCCAGUGCUGAUUCCGAAAAGUAUGAAGAAGAAUUUUCUUCAUACUUGAAACAGUUUAUUGGUUGCUUAUGAAUUGAGAAUGAAACGGAAAGAAAGGGUUCAUUCACAUGCUACGGAAGAGAUUCCCACAGUAUUUUACCCUCGUGAACAUCUGUUUUCAAAGCCAUGAAGGAAAGUUCAGGAAUUUUAAUCUGAACAAUCUUCAGAUGAUGGAUCGCUACAAGAAUUCACAUUUCGACAGAAAUAUCCCUAUAGAGGGCGUGUCUCUUAUGUUUUUACGUGCUGUGAUCUAAGAAUGCAUUACCUUCAUGUCCGACGGUGCGAAGCGGGAUGAUGUUUGGAUGAUUAAGGGUGGUGAGACUAGUCAUUCUACGAAGUGAAAUCGUACUGUGUGUAUUUCCCUCGAGCUAAUGAGAGUUCAGGAUAUAUCUUCAAGAUGCAGGGAUUUGUUAAG